AUGUCAACAGUCGCUGCUGCACUUAUUAAUGCCCCAAGCGGCAAAACUGCUUCUGAUGACAUAACCAACAGCACCAACGGUGAUAUAGAGUUUGUUACCAAAGACGAUCUCACCAACAGAAGAUAUAUCCAUUGGGACGAGAAUGGUGUAGAGAGGAUCCCGCCCGGCGAGGACGAAUACAUCAACGCUGUCGUCAAGCAGAUAGACGAGAUGCAGCGCUUUCAGUUUAACAAGGCGCGUCAUUGCUAUGGUGGUACUCACGCCCGGACCCAGGGCGUGGUACUAGGUAAAUUUAUUGUGGACGAUGAUCUGCCGAGCCAUUUGAAACAGUCUGAGCUGUUUGAGAAAGGAGGUGAGUAUCCUGUGGCGUGCCGGUACUCAUCCGAGCCUGGCGACCCUGGUCUUGAUGAUCGCAUUCCUCAACCACGGGGGUUUGGCAUGAAGGUCUUCAAUGUCCGCGGCGACAUGUUCGAAGCCGGCAAGGACUUCCCCACGCAUGAUAUUGAGUUCAACAGCACGCCGUCCCUGGACUUGGCAGACGCGAAGACGACCAAGGAGAUCAUCGAUCUCAGAAUCAAAUACGGCCACGACAAGGAGGAGCUGUAUAGACACCUCGGGAAGCGCUCCGAUAUGGAUCUGCAGACCGUCCGCGACAGAGUACGCAACACCCACCUCGAGUCUACGCGGUACUACUCCCAGACCGCAUACCGCUUCGGCGACUACGUAAUCAAGUACUGUCUGGUUCCGUCGACCGGCACUCAGCGCCGACUGGCUGGAGAGGUCACCAAACCCGAACAUGGGUCCGACAUCAUGCAGCGCUGGCUGCAAGACUUCCAUAUGCACCAUGACGCCGAGUAUCUCUUCCAGGUACAGCUAUGCGAGAAUCUCGAGGACCAGCCUGUCGAGGAUGCAGGCAAGGUCUGGGACCCUGCCAAGUACCCCUGGCAGUCGGUCGCAAAGCUCGUCCUGCCGAAGCAGGACAGCUGGAAUCCAGAGCGCAAGAUGUUCUGGGAAGAUCAUAUGAGAGUUGAUCCAUGGCAUGGCUUAAUCAAGCUUCAGCCCCUAGGGGGGUCGAACCGGUUGAGACGAAAGGUAUACCCUGCCAGUAGUGCUUUGAGACGAAAGAUGAAUGGUAGGAAGGAGAUCCACGUUAAAAGUAUUGACGAAAUACCAGUCUGA